AUGGCUCAUACAAAUCAUAAAUCUCACAAUACUAAGCUCCAUGAUGAGAAGGAACUUAGUUCCUCGGUGCGCGACUUAUUAAACGAUGAGAUGUUUAACAAGGGUACCCAUGAAGCAAAUGCCAUAGUGUCACAAUUGAAGUUUCAAGAAUGUCAGGCACUUUUUAUCGAGUCAUCCUUUGUAGAAAGUCUCAAUAAGAUGCAUGAGUGCGGUUAUUUAGAGAAGGACUUAUUAUCAAGCAACUAUGAUGUUUUCAAAUUAUUUGUUAAUAAUUGCGAGAACAUCGAAGACUUCAAGAUGCUGGGAGCAGAAUUGCAGAUAAUAGCAAGUGAGACAUUUGAAUGUGAAAUGAUGGACCUUUUGCCGCUACAAGACUCCUCUUCGUCACUAUUGCUAAUGAAAUUUCUUCACUGCUGCAGCAAGACAUUACAUUUAGAUGGUACAACGAAAACAGAAAAGUCUAUUGAGCUGCAAAGUUUUGUAAAGAAUCUAAUUAAUAAAAACGUUAGAAGUUCUUUGAAUGACAAUGACUUUGUUUAUUACAUGACUUCCCUUUAUAUUUUCCAAAUCGAGAUUGGUUUAUUGUCAAACAAACCUACACAGGACCUGUAUUUUGCCCUUUGCAACUCAAUACCCAAUCUUUCGUCUUCAUUAUUAAAGAUGGAUAUUCAUGGAAUAAACGCGCAACAGGACAUUCUGAACAAGCUUGAUGAAUGUCAAGAGCUUAGAAAAGAUUAUCAUCAUCGUCACAGUAAUCAUUACCAUGAAAAGAUUCAAAAGAGAAGAAAUUCCACAAAAUUAAGAAGUCUACCGUCAAAAUCAAUGGAAGAGGCAGAAUUGAAAAGACUAAAGGAGGAAAAUGAAACAUAUCGCAACCAAACUGAAGAAUCAUCACAUACAACUUUAACACAUGUAGUUUCUCAUUGGAACGCUAAAUUGCACCAGUUGUUGCAACAAUUUCCACAGUUUCAAGAAAUUCGAGCUGUACUCGACUUCUUGAAAAAAUACAGACAACAUACAUACGUAUUAGCAUUUCUACUCGGAAUAAUCCUCAUUAACAGAAAAUUUGGCAGAAUAAAAGGUAUAAUUAGAUACAUCUCCAGAAUACUGAAAUCGUUGCUGCCUCAGCUCCUCCAGUUAUUACAAACACUCACCGCAGUAUAA